AUGGAAGCCACUCACAAGUCUGAAGCCAAGAUGCGAAGCUCUGAGCUACGCACACUCCAAAUUUUGGGUUAUCCUGUACGGAUUGUCCAAUCUGAGCCGCGUUUCAAGGUGGAGGUCAUCGUAAAGUCCCUAAACUUUGAUCAGGUGGGAAGCCCUGAUCCCCGGGUUGCCUGUACACUGCUCUUCACUUGCCCGGAACAGUACCCUCGGGCCUCGCCCACGGUUCGUAUUGUUAAGAAAAGGAACUUUCCGGACUUUCUUGAGCUGCUGAUGCUGACGGAGUUCGGAAGACUUAAGGGUUCGGGACGUGGCAGGCAGCAGAUAGUCCGGAUGGUCACAAAGGCCAGGGCCUUGGUGGAGCAAAUGGCGAGGCAAAUGAAGAAGGAGCUGCAAUUGUUUCAGGAUGCCGAAGAGUUGGGUAUGGAGGUCCUCACUUCUUUUAAGGAACUAAAGUUCUAA